UCCUAGUUCGCCAACAGAACGGUGCGGUGGUGCCGUCAUUCCUGCUGCUGCGACUUGUUGUGAAGCUGCCGUUAGCGAGCGCGAUUUACGUUUGUCGCGCGCUAGGAACAGUGUCGUGCCCCUUCCUUGGGAUAGGUUAUUUACUAUUUGUUUACGUACGUUUGACGUGACGUAUUAUAUCGACGGGAAGAUAACGGUGUUUUCAGAUUGUCCCUUGGGUUUGUUGUUGGUGUGCUGUUUGAGUUUGGCGCUCUUUUUUCGAGGACUCGAGUGGUUUGUUUCUUGUUCUGGGGUAAAGUGGACCAGACAGCCUUAAAAUUAAAGCGAUCAAGAACCGGCCUAACGGCCCUAUGAUGACGAUGGACGUGUCCAAAACCGAGGGUGGUACAAAGACCGCUAACUCGAGCGCAUCACCUCAAGAAUGCGCUGGAUGCUGCAAGCCCAUCACCGAGCGCUACCUCCUCAAAGCCCUCGACAUGUUCUGGCACGAGGACUGCCUCAAGUGCGGUUGCUGCGACUGCCGGCUGGGCGAAGUCGGAUCGACGCUCUACACCAAAGCUAAUUUGAUACUGUGCAAAAGGGACUAUUUGAGACUGUUCGGCAACACUGGCUAUUGUGCGGCCUGUAGUAAAGUUAUACCGGCGUUCGAGAUGGUGAUGAGGGCGAGAAGUAACGUGUACCAUUUGGAGUGUUUCGCUUGUCAGCAGUGUAAUCACAGGUUUUGCGUUGGUGAUAGAUUCUACUUGUGCGAGAACAAGAUCCUCUGCGAAUACGACUACGAAGAGAGGCUAGUCUUUGCCAAUAUGGCGUACAACCCACCUCCACUAUCUCAUUUAAAGAGACAAACGUCAAUACCGCCGACGGCGUUGCCGACGCACCUGAUGAACGGCCACCGACCUCCUCUACCGCCACCUGGCGGCGACAUGAACAACAACAUGUCCGCUUCUGGCCAGCCCCCGCCAAAUUCGAAUCAGCCUUUCGGCAGCGCGACCCACUUGAAAAACGGACCUAUGUCGCUGGGCACUCCUAGCUGAAAGCACUAGACUGUCACCUAGCUGUGAUAUACCCUAUGUAUAAUAAGAUGAACGAGAUACGAAUGAUUUUAGGACGUUAUAAAAUUAUAUAAGGAACAAUUUCGCUGGUAGAGAUCGUUGUAGAAAAUUCUGUUCCAUUCUUAUAAAGUUUUUUUAUAUUUUCUGGGUUUAGGAAAUUUUGGACUCUUCAAAAUUAUUUGGUUAUACAGGAUGGGCCCGAACUGUAUUCCGGAAACUUCGACAGCAUAUUCUGCACAUAAAAAUAAGUCAACUUAUGUCAACCAAAUAGCUUCGUUUUGGAGAUACGGGGUGUAGAAAUUUCAUUUUUAUUUCGAUUUUUUCGAAAUAAUUUUUAAACUAAAUUCGGUAUUUGGA